GCUGCAGCUGCUGCUGGUCGGGCUCCUGCUGCCCGCUGCGCUGGUGGCCGCUCCGGGGGCCGGGGCGCCGCGGGAGCUGGAGGCCGGCCUGGACCCUGCGGCCCUGGAGGCGGCUCGCUUCGCCCUGGAGAGCUACAGCCGGGCAGCGGAGCAGCGCGGGGGGCCGGCCCGGCUGGGGGCUAUCCGGCGGGCGCAGGCCCAGGUGGUGAAUGGGAUCAAGUACUAUCUGGAUGUGACCCUGCUGAAGCCACCGUGUAGCCAGCACCGAUUCACAAACCAGGAUGCUGCUAUCUGUGAAAAUUCAGUGGAGCCGGAGCAAAUAUCUUGUCACUUUGAGGUCUGGAGUCAGCCCUGGAUGAACAGACAGAAGCUGGUGAAGCAGGAGUGUCGUCCAGCUGAGCCAUCAGAGAAGGUCCAAAACGUGGCAUCCCUGGAGCCAGAGGAGCUGGCUCAUGCCAAGACACCAGAAGAGCCAGUUAGCUUGGAGGCCCUUUCCCAGAAUGCCUCCGUCCAGCUGAUCUCGCUGUUCAAAGACUUCCUGACCACCUACAAGAAGAGCUACAAGGAUGAAAGAGAAGCCGAGAGGCGUUUGCAGAUCUUCGCGGAGAACCUGGAAAAGGCUCGGACGAUCCAGGAGCUGGACCAGGGCACGGCCGAGUAUGGAGUCACCAAGUUCAGCGACCUGACGGAGGAGGAAUUUCGCUCCCUGUACCUGAAUCCGCUGCUGGCUAAACUCCCGGCCCGGCCCAUGAAACCGGCUGCCAUCCCCAGUGACCCGCCUCCUGCCGAAUGGGACUGGCGGGAGCAUGGAGCUGUCACUGAUGUCAAGGACCAGGGUAUGUGCGGCUCCUGCUGGGCUUUCUCUGUCACCGGCAAUGUGGAAGGACAGUGGUUCCUGCGCCGGGGGUCUCUUGUCUCGCUGUCGGAGCAGGAGCUGGUGGAUUGUGAUGGACUGGACCAUGCCUGCGGAGGAGGGCUGCCUUCCAAUGCGUACGAGGCCAUUGAGCAGCUAGGUGGCCUGGAGACAGAGGGUGAUUAUAGCUACGAGGGCCACAAGCAGAGCUGCAGCUUCUCCACCACCAAGGUGGCCGUCUACAUCAACAGCUCUGUGGAGAUCUCCCGCGACGAGACCGAGAUCGCGGCGUGGCUGGCGAAGAACGGACCCAUCUCCAUCGCACUCAAUGCUUUCGCCAUGCAGUUCUACAGGAGGGGGGUCUCCCACCCCUUCAGGCUCUUUUGCAACCCCUGGAUGAUUGAUCAUGCCGUGCUGCUGGUGGGGUAUGGGACACGUGACCGCACCCCCUUCUGGGCCAUCAAAAACAGCUGGGGCAAGAACUGGGGCGAGCAGGGCUACUACUACCUGUACCGGGGCAGCAGAGCCUGCGGGAUGAACACCAUGUGCAGCUCAGCUGUGGUGGACUAGACACUGCAGGACCUCCCCCACCCCACCUCCCUGUGAAUCCCCUCCUCUGUGUCUCACUACACUGCCCCGGCCCCCAGCACCAGCCGUGCUAGGGCCCGCUAGCUUCCCUAGAGCAUGGGAGAGGGACUUGAGAAGGGGGAAGGGCCCUGGCUAAGCUGGGGGAGAUGCCACAGUGUGGAAACGCAAAGGGGCUGCGGAGUGACUUGACUUGGGGCUGGCUGAUCAGCAGGAUGGGGGAGGCUGGGCCAUGCCGGCAGGGGGCGCUCAUGCAUGCAUUUUGAGCCCAAAAGGGAGCCCUGGUCUGCCCCCUGCCCUGGAGAAUGCCACCCAGAAAGAGCUGCAGAAUUUGUCCUUAUGGGCCAUCUCCCAGGGCUGCAUCUUUGCAAGAUCUCCCACUGCUGAGGCUCCUGGCUCCCCCCGCCAGCUGAGGUCAGUGGGACAGACUUCGUGGGGUGAAAGGCCACCUAGAGUGGGAUGCUGGCGGCACUGGAGCUGCUGCCCAAUCUAUGCUCCAGUCCCUUGGGCCUCCUCCAGCCAUGGGUUUGUGCAAUACCCUGGAACGACGUGCUGCUCAUCUCGUGUUCCUCCCCCGCCCCGCUGAGCUGGAACCAGGGGUCCUGGCUCCCAGCACCAGGGCUGCUUUUCAACCCACACUCCGUAGGCAGCUCGCUGUCUCCUGGCAGAGAAACGAUCCCACCCCCCGGGUUUGCUUCCGUUGGUGGAUUCAACACAGUCCCUGCCAGCUGUGCCUGUUCCCAUCAGG